CAGAGCCUUUCGGAGGCGCUUUUUAGGCGUGAACCAGCUGCCAAAAAGGGCAAAAAGCGCUUGGCUACUACGCCGAACUCAUCCAAACAAAAGGGCCCAAAAUCAGCCAAAUCUGCUGAAUCCGGGGAUGAAGACCUGGCAUUUUCCGAGUCACUUUUCUUCAAGAAUAAACGUGGAAGCGAUGGAAACCAGAAGGGUAAGAAGGCUAGUUCAUCAACCCAGCCUCCAGCUAAAAGGUCCAGAAAAACGGAAUCUAGUGGCAACGCAGAAUAUUUUGCCUUCUUAAAUGAGAGCCAAAAACGCGACCACGAAUUUUUUGAAAAGCUGGCUGAAAAGGAAGCGGAGAGGGAAAUGAAAAGUCAGCAAAUGAUGUUCUCCAUGGUGAAAGAGGUCGCAAAAAUCUUUAAGGGAGAGUAA